UCUAAUGAGUACCAAUCCUCUUCUAAUUGGAAAAAUAUCUCUCUCUUUUUUUUUCCUUUCUCUUUUCUUGUUUCUUCAUCUUCUUUUUCAUUUCAAAACUUUGUAAGACUGUCUCUCUGUUCCUCGUCCCUUUUUCUCAAUCUUUUUUUUUUUUAAUAUAAAUGGGAAUAUCGAAGAAACAUCAAGUUGGCGGAGGAUUAGACACCGAUGGGGAAAAGUGGGUGUUCGCCGAAAUUUCGAUUCGGGAGUCACUGAAGCCGGUGAAGACGAAACUCAAAAAGCCAGAGAGAGAAUCAGUCUCAGCUGAAGAAAUUUGUGUCACUCCCACGAGGAAAGAAUCAGUCUCAGCUGAAGAAAUUUGUGUCACUCCCACGAGGAAAGAAUCAACAAUUUCGGAGAAACUGAAAUGUCCCGCUGCUCCUAGGAAACGUCGACCGGUGUUGAAGUGUCGGAGCAAUGUUCGUAUAGAGUACUUUGUGCCUCCUUCAGAUUUGGAGUCGGUGUUUAUACAACGCCGUUAAUGUUAAAAAAGACUACUAAAGAGUUCUAAGUUUGGUUUUAUUUGUUUUUCCUAUGUGCUCAAGUCAUUUUUUACUUCAUCUUAUGUUUGGUCUGGUACAAAAGCAUUUUACUC